AUGUCGGCGUCGCACGAAGACGCGCAGGAAACACCGGCCAGCGCGGCAUUUCAGAAUCCAUAUGAUGGGCAUCGUAGCUUAACGCCCAGUGAGCAGGAGCUUUUGGGUGAGUAUGCGCGCCUGUCCGCGACAACACGAAGGGUGGCUCAGUUAAGCACACAGCUCUCUUCCAGUACACUACAUAACCAUGUGCUGAGUGAACUGCGUGCUAUUGAGCGAAAGAUGGGGCUGGUUCUCACUCUCUUCAAGGCAAGCGUUUGGGCGAUCGUCAUGCAACAAUCAGAUGCAGAUGAAGAAGCACAGGAGCUUGAAUAUCAGAGCCGGUAUGACAUCAUUCAAGAAGAACCGGAAGAUGAAUGGGAGUCUACGGAUGCUCCUGAUAAUCAGGGGUAUGGAUGGUAG